CUCCGCCGCACGACCAAACUGCAAAAUGAAGAGAGUCACUCCACUCCUCGAUGGCCCACUCUCUACCACCGCCACCCUCUCUCCCUCUCCCCACCCACUUCACGCGCCGCUCCCUCCUCCUCCUCUCCACCACCACCACCACAACCACCCUCUCCCGUCCCUCCCUCGCCGCCGCACCACCCUCUCCCAACACUACCAUCACCGACCGCGUCUUCAUGGACUUCAGCCUCUGCCCUAACUCCUUCGUUCCCAACCCAAACCGCACCCUCGGCGACACCUUCUCCCCCCUCUGCUCCGAUUCCACCUUAUUGGGCCGCGUCGUAUUGGGCCUCUACGGCAACCUCGUCCCCCUCACCGUCUCCAACUUUAAGUCCCUGUGUUUGGGCCUGGGGCCCAUCUCUUACAAGAACACCCUCGUCCACAAGAUAUUUCCCGGCCAGUACUUUCUCGCCGGCCGCCAGGGCCGCCCCGACAAGGGCGAAGUCCGGCCACCGCACGAUUUGCCCCGCAACACCGAAACCGUUGACGCUAAAGCCUUUGUUCUCACACAUUCGAAACCCGGCGUCGUUUCGCUCUCACUCUCCGAAAACGAUGACGACGACGACAUCAAGCUUGACCCUGGCUACCGCAACGUUGAGUUCUUGAUCACCACUGGACCCGGCCCUUGCCCCCAGCUCGAUUAUAGGAACAUUGUCUUCGGAACUGUACUCGAAGGGUUGGAUGUCAUCACAGCAAUAGCUUCCAUUCCAACAUACCAACCAUCCGAACGGAUUCGCCAGUUUAAUAAUUUGGCCAAAUUUUUUGGAGAUGAAAGGGCUCAAAAUGCUCGUAACAUAUGGAACAGGCCUCUAACAACUGUUUAUAUUAGUGACUGUGGGGAGCUGCAAGUUACAAAGCCUUCCCUCACGCCUUCUCUGCCAUAAUUUGUUUCCAUGUAUAUAUUAUCCCAGAGGAUUACAUAUAACUGGUGGAUGUAAAAUCAUACUCAAAUUCUUUGAAAGGUUUCAGUUUAAUUCAUUCAUUCCAAAGCUGUGGGGUACGUAAUCUAUUCAGGCACUGAAGAUAAACAUUGGUAUGGAAUGGUAGAGUCACUUGUAAGUUGGAAAUAAACAUUCUUAUUCUGCAAAAAUCUGUUUCUAUCUGCUGCAAAUAAUUUCAAAGAUUUUAGACAUUUCUAUUUGUAGAAAUGUCAAAGUGGCCUUGUUUGUUUUACAUAUGAAAAAUUAAUUUUCAUGUGUUCUAAUGAAAAAUCAUGUCAGAUGAAACAUUGAAAUUUGU